AUGGAGGACGAGAGCGAGCGGAAAAGCGCGGAUAGAGACAGAGCUCCAGCGGCAGCGGCAGGAGCGGCGGACGGCGAUGCGGGUUCCACGGCGCUGCCCGAAAGAGUGCAAGUGGGCGGCUCGCCUGUGUAUAAGAUGGAGCGGAAGCUGGGGAAGGGCGGAUUCGGGCAGGUGUACGUGGGUAGACGCGUCAGCGGCGGCACUGAGAGGGUUGGACCGAACGCUGUGGAGGUGGCAUUGAAGCUGGAGCACCGGAGCAGCAAGGGGUGCAACUAUGGCCCGCCCUACGAGUGGCAGGUGUACACCACACUGGGUGGCAGCCAUGGCGUGCCGAGAGUGCACUUCAAGGGGCGGCAGGGCGACUACUACAUCAUGGUGAUGGACCUGUUGGGGCCGAGCCUGUGGGACGUGUGGAACAACCACAACCAAGCCAUGUCAACGGAGAUGGUGGCGUGCAUAGCAGCGGAGGCACUCUCUAUUCUCGAGAAGGUGCACGAGCGAGGCUACGUGCAUGGAGAUGUGAAGCCCGAGAACUUUCUUCUCGGGCAGCCCGGGACUUCAGAGGAGAAAAAGCUGUACCUGGUUGACCUGGGCCUAGCAACGAGGUGGAGGGACAGCAACACAGGGCAGCACGUUGAGUAUGACCAACGACCAGACAUCUUCAGGGGCACGGUGCGCUACGCGGGAGUACACGCGCACUUGGGGCGCACAGGCAGCCGCAGGGAUGACCUGGAGUCACUGGCCUACACCCUCGUCUUCCUGCUGCGCGGGAGACUGCCCUGGCAAGGCUAUCAGGGCGACAACAAGGGCUUCCUGGUGUGCAAGAAGAAGAUGAGUACAUCCCCCGAGAUGCUGUGCUGCUUCUGCCCGCCGCCAUUCAAGCUGUUCCUUGAGUACGUGGUCAGCCUCAAGUUCGACGAGCGACCAGACUACGCCAAGUGCGCCGCCAUGUUCGACCCCAUCCUCAGCCCCAACCCGGCACUGCUGCCUCUCAAUACGGAGGGCGCGCGGUCUCUCAAGGUGCAGGUGGGGCAGAAGAGGGGGCGGGGCGAGGGGGGAGAGGAGGAGGCAGAGGAGGAUCAGCUGAGGAAGAAGAUCCGCCUCGGCAUGCCAGCUACCCAGUGGAUCUCCGUGUAUAGUGCAAGGCGGCCCAUGAAGCAGAGGUAUCACUACAACGUGGCCGACUCGCGCCUGGCACAGCACGUGGAGAAGGGCAACGAGGACGGGCUGCACAUCAGCAGCGUGGCAUCCUGUCAGAACCUCUGGGCGCUCAUCAUGGACGCGGGCACCAACUUCACCGCGCAGGUCUACGACCUCUCACACGUCUUCCUGCCCAAGGAGUGGAUAAUGGAGCAGUGGGAGAAGAACUUUUACAUCACAGCAGUGGCGGGCGCCAGCAACGGCAACUCCCUCGUGGUCAUGUCCAAAGGCACACCGUACACGCAGCAGUCGUACAAGGUCAGCGACAGCUUUCCCUUCAAGUGGAUCAACAAGAAGUGGCGGGAGGGCUUCUACGUGACCUCCAUGGCCACUGCUGGCAGCCGGUGGGGCGUCGUCAUGUCCCGCAAUGCAGGCUUCACUGACCAGGUGGUGGAGCUGGACUUCCUGUACCCCAGCGAGGGCAUUCACAGGCGGUGGGACAUGGGGUAUCGCAUCACGGCCACCGCGGCCACGUGGGACCAGGCCGCCUUCCUGCUCAGCGUGCCGCGCAGACGACCCGCCGACGAGACCCAGGAGACCUUGAGAACAUCGGCCUUCCCCAGCACCCACGUCAAGCCCAGUGGUCCACGGUCGGGGUGUUUGUUGCGUGAGGGGCACCCGGGUCAAGGUGAGCCAAGCUGUCAGACAGGUGUAUGUGUCCAUAACGUUCAUGAGAAUGCUGCAAAUCCUCAUUUACUAUUGGAGGUCCCUCGCUGA